AUGUAUAGAACCAAAAAGGAUGUCGAUAAACACGUGGAAGGUCUGAUGUACAAAUUGACACCUAAAGAUUUUAAGACAAGAGCAUAUUCAAUAGCGCAUCUGUAUUAUGAAGUCGGGGAUUACAAAAGCUGCCAGAAAUAUGUCGAACAAUUUAUCACCCAAAAAUCCGAUCAUGCAGCUGCAUACAAAUUACUUGGACAGGCAUUUCAAAAAUUAGGCGAGAAAGAAAAAGCUCUUGAGCAGUACAAAACCUCUUUCGAUAUUAAUCCCAACCAAACCACUAUAAUUCUGGAUGUCUGUGAUUUAUUAGCUGAUGAAGAGGUGGCCAUUGACUCUGGACGAGCUAAAUAUUGGUGUGACAAAGCUCAAGCCAAUUUUCCUAAUCAUCCUAUUACAUACCGUCUUCGUGAAAGGCUGCUUACUGCUACAGAUCCAGACCCAGAAGCUUUAGUAGCAUUAUUAAAAGGUGAAAUUGAAUCAAGGCCAAAUGAUGCAGUGCUUCAUGCACGUCUUCUUAAACACUAUCUUAAAUGUAAUAAACAUAAAGAAGCAUUUGAACAUAGUUGUAAUAUUGAAUUUGAAAAAAAUAUAUUUUCUAAUAACUAUGCCUGGUAUGAAACCCUAUCUGAGAUACUUAGAUACAAUCCAUUAAAAGGAAAUGAGUGGUUAAAUCAAUUACUGUUAUUAACUGUUCGGGAAAAACUUUGUAACCUGAGCUUAUCUGAAUCACCUAUUGGAUCAGGAAAAAGUUUAUUGGAAUGUUGUGAACAUCUUCAUGCAUAUGAUCAAGCUAUUCAAUCUGUAGUUAAAUAUGGAUCGCCAUCUGGAUUUGGAGAAUUUCAUGCUGUUCUUUUAAAUCACCAUCAAGGACAAUUAGUAUUUCAUGCAGCAACUUAUUUGCUCAAAAAAGCUAAAAAAGAUCAACUUAAUUGGAUAGAAGCAAAAAAACUUUCUGCACCUUUGAUGCUUUUAGCUUGGCAAACAAUUCCUGCAGACACAAAAGUUAAUUGGUUAACACAUGCUCCAGAUAAACAACGAAAUGCAUUACAUCGCUGGUAUAUAGAAGGCUCAUACAGGUGUUCUCAGGCAGGCCAUUACUUACAAGCUGUAUCUCAAGACAAGAGUCAAGUUCUGUUAGAUCAAAUUUCUCAACUGUGUUCAGGCUCUCACUGGAAAGAUAAAUUAUAUGAGAAAAUUUUUACAGCACCAGAUCAUUUGAAUAAAAUAAAGCAAUCAUUUCUAGCUUCAAAUGCUUUUAAACUGCCUAUUUUGAAGCUACCUAGGAAAAAAGAAAUACAAACAUAUGAUGAUGAUGCACAAAGAGAACAUCCUAAUUCUCUUCAUCAUUUUGUUUGGAUCCUUCUUAAUUACAAAAACUAUCCAGAUUUUAAAUUCACCUUGUUUGAUAUGCUAACUCAAUCUAUGACUAGCUGUGGACCUGAGACAUUAAAUAAACUAGAUGUUAUGGCUUUCCUUUAUAGUACAACUUUAACAACUCAAAAACAAAGGGAUAAUAAGAUGAAUUAUAGAUCAACAGAAAAACUCAUGCUUCCUGCUAAUAUUACUGAUUUACUAUGUACUCUUCCUCAAAUGAAAUGGUGGGACUGUGCUUAUAAGUUAAGCCAAAAUGAAUUAGGUGUUGAAUACACAGAUAUCCGUUCAACAUUAAGUCGAGGCAUAGAAGUUGUGCGUUGCAUUGAUAAUCAUGGCUUGGAUCCUGAACUUUUAACAAUUUUGGGUCGAAUUUUUAGUGAACAAGCUAAAACUGCAACAUCAGUUGAAGAAAAAACAAAUUUCGAACUAAGAGCUUGUCUUUAUUAUUCAUCUGCUAUUCCACUUCUUGAAAAGUUAAAGAAUAAAGUAGUUUUCAAAGUAGCUGAAAAAAGAAUGUUUGACUAUAUACAUGAUGAAAUUGAAACAAAGGAAUUGAACAACUUAUUAGAAGAAAGUAAGCUCUAUGUAGCACUGAAUUACUUAAAUGAUGGUGAGUAUGAAAAGGUGAUAAAUAUUCUGUCAUGCUUGAAAUCGCCUCAAGCUUUGUAUCAUCUGAGUGACACAUAUAAAAGAGCUGCCAUGGAUGAAAAGAAAAUAUCAAAAACAAAAGAAAACGAAACUAAGUUUAUAAUACUAUUAGAAAAAGCAAAAAAAUAUGCUUAUAAAGCCUUAGAUGAAUUAAAAGAAAUAGAAAUGUACAAGAACAAAUCAUUGUACUCUGAUAUACAGGCUCUCAUAGAAGAAAUAGAAUUACAUUUAAAUAAAAUUGAUCCUGAUCUUUCCCCAAGUGCUCAAAAUUAUGCUUCAUCUGAUGAAAAUAUGAGUGAUCUUGGCUUAAUGCGCUCUAAACACACCAUCUAUCGUAAUGUUAGUUCAACACCUAAACAACUGUCACGACAAAAUUUGAACUAUAAUACAACUGCAUACCGCACUGCUACUGAUACUCAUAUUCUUGACAGUACUCAAAUGGACUCAAUAUAUUUAGAAAGAAUAGAAAAACAAAUUAAACACUUACAAAAGCGAGAUGCUUCUUUCAGCGAAUUUAAAGAACAAACGAAAGAUUGGUUUGAAGAAAAUCGAAAAUUGGGAAGUCAAAUUAUAAGCACCAUCAAUUCUAACAUUGAAAGCACUAAAGAACAGUUUAAACUUCUUAAAAUAUCUUUAGAUCAAGUUAAGGAACAAAUAGAUGAAUAUAGAAUGGAAUGCAAGGAUGUUCUGGAAUUAAAGAAACAGAUUACUGAAUUGAAAAAAGAAGUAAAUAAACUAAAAAAAUCUUCAUCUGAACAAACAUUAGAUGAAAAUGACUUGUACAUGGGUGAAGAGUACAGGUCUAAUGACAAUACAUUUGGAACACAACUACCAUUCCCUACACCACAAGUAAUGCCACCAUUUGCGCAACGUCUAAUGCCACCUUUCUCUGUACCGUCAAAUCCAUAUCAGUUGUAUGGGCAAAACUUUUAUAACCUCUACAACCAAUAUUCUCAAUUUGCUCAGCCGACAGCUGUCCCUGGGGCACCUCCUAUUUUUGACCCAUCAAGGGCUCCUGUAAACUACCCAGGAGUGUACCCUACACCAGAUCAAAUGUAUCUUGAUCAAUCGCAUCUUGUACCUACGUCAGUACCAGCAGUCCCAACAGUUCCAACUGUACCUGUACCUACAAUAUCUACUGCUCCAGCACCUGCUGCUAUUCCUACAUCUAAAUCAGUUGUUAAAGUUAAAGAAACAUCAAAAUCGCUACCAGUUAAUGUUGUAAUUACAUCUUCAGACCCAUUGCCGACAUGUACCACUACUCCAGUGCCAGUAUUAAGUGUAACAAUACCUCAAAAACACAUCAAACCCAGUCCUCAUAAUUAUCAAAUCCCAAUGCCUGUUACAACUGAGAAUAAAGUGACACCUCCUGUUUUUAGUUUUCCUUCUUCAAACAAAUCGCUUACAUCUACUACUUCAAACUCUUCGACAUGGAAUGCAAAGUCAAUAUUUAUGAAAGCUCAACAACCAAGCACAUUAUCCACAUUAGGCACUAAUCUAUUAAAAAAUAAUGAUGAUUCUAAAAAUGUUGUUGAUGGUGUAUUCCCAGGGUCUUCACCAAAUACAAGUCUUAAUAAAUCUAGAACUCUUUCUGAAAGAAGUAAUACUUCUAUAGAAAAUUAUGAUCCUUGCCCUGAUUUUAAACCUAUUAUACCAUUACCAGCUGAAGUUAAAGUGACAACUGGUGAAGAGGAUGAAGUUGCUAUAUUUAGUUCCAGAGCUAAGUUAUUCCGAUUUGUUGAUAAACAAUGGAAAGAAAGAGGGAUUGGUGAUAUGAAGUUGUUGAAACACAAGGUAACAGGAAAAGUCAGGGUGCUAAUGCGUAGAGAACAAGUACACAAAAUUUGUGCGAAUCAUAUUAUAUUACCGGAAAUGGAGAUAAAUCCUAUGAAAAAUGAAAGUAAAGCCUAUUUUUGGGUUGCUAACGAUUUUGCUGAGGAAACUGUUAUUCUAGAAAAGUUCUGUAUUAGAUUUAAAACUGCUGAUAUAGCCAAAGAGUUUUAUGAAGCUUUUGAAAAAGCCCGCAAGGAAGCUAGUCAAAAUUUGGCUUCCAUACAAACUAACAAAACUGCAAAUGAAAAGGAGGAUAAUAAUAAAAUUAGUACACCUGUUAUAGACAAUGUAUUAGACACUCAAAGUCAAAAAACUGUUGUUGGUGGGUUUACAUUUACUAGCAAACCUUCAUUCAAGCUAGCCACUUCAAACAGUAACAAUGAUACCAAGAUUAUUCCUCAGGUUCCUGUUAGUAAAGUCAAUGUAUUUAGUGGCUUAACCUUUAAAACAGCUACUUCUUCACCAUUUAGUAACUUGUUGAAUGUCACUACAAAUGUAAAUAAUACCAUAAGAACACCUGAAAAGGUCCCAGAAUCUAGCAAAUUGAAUUCUUCCGAUACGGUUGAUGAAUUUGUUCCAACUGCUGAAUUUAAACCAGUUGUACCGCUACCAGCGCUCAUAGAACAAAGGACUGGAGAAGAAGAUGAAAUAAUUUUAUACGAACAUAGAGCAAAACUAUUACGAUUUAAUGCUGCUAAUAAAGAAUGGAAAGAAAGAGGACUUGGAAAUAUGAAAUUGCUAGUUCAUAAAGACAAUAAUCAAAAACUUCGAUUACUUAUGAGAAGAGAACAAAUCAUGAAGGUAUGUUGCAAUCAUACUGUCACAAAAGAAAUGACAUUCCAAAAAAUGCCGAACAUGGAUAAAGCAGUCACAUGGUGUGCUCAAGAUUUUUCAGAAGGUGCAUUAGUUGCUGAAACAUUUUGUUUACGCUUUAAAACAGUACAAGCUUGUAAUGAUUUUAUGGAGGCCGUUAAAACUGCGCUAUCUAAAAUAGGAGAUGAUACCAAAGCUGCAAAGGAAGAACAAAAUGCCGCUAAACAAAAUAAUCAAACGGGCUUUGGAGACAAAUUUAAGCUUAAGCCUGGUUCUUGGUAUUGUCAGACUUGUUAUACUAAUAAUUUGGAGACUUUUACAAAAUGUGCUUGUUGUGAAACAGAAAAACCCCAAGAUGAUGGCCCAAAAACUAACGAUACUGAUAUAAGUAGUACUUCAUCUGACUGGGGUUCUAAAUUUAAACCUAAACCUGGUUCUUGGGAAUGUAAAGAGUGCUAUAUUAGAAAUGAAGCAAAUGUUGAAGUCUGUAACGCCUGUAAUAGUCCUAGAGAUCCAAAUGCUAAAAAGACUGAAACUAAGUCAGCGUCAGAAAAUGCGCCGAAAUUUAAUUUUGGCAUUCCAUCGACAGGAAUUAUUGGUGAUAGUGAAAAAAAAACAUCAGAUUCCAAAUUUACUUUUGGUAUUCCUCAAAGUAUCAAUAUUAGUUCCACAGAGCCAGUUGUUUCUUCUUCAUUAUUUAACACAAAUGUUUCUCAGAAGUUCAGUUUUGGAAUUCCUCAAAAUAAGUCAGUGAAGUUUGGUGCUUCUAUACCUACAGUAUUAAGCACAAACACGACUAUUGCAAAACCUACAGAUAACGAUGCGCCUUUAAAUUUUGUGGUAAAGAAGAAGGAUGAAGAAAGCACUACAGCGACGCCAGUGAAACCAGCUUUAUUACCUACUCCUAAAGUUAAUGUUACACCAUUUGGAAAUGAAAGUGGAACUUUUGAGUUUUCAUUUAAACCCAAAACUCCAAGCAAGGGCAAGAGUCCAAUAAAAUCACCAAAAGAUAAAAAAGGCGAUGAAAGUGAUGACAAUGAGUAUGCGUCUGAAGAUGAGGGACAUCAUAUUCAUUUUAGCCCAGUUAUUCCUAUGCCAGACAAGAUUGAAGUUGUUACUGGAGAAGAGAAUGAAGAUGAACUUUAUAAUCACAGGGCUCGAUUAUUUAGAUUUUCAAAUGGUGAAUGGAAAGAACGUGGCACUGGAGUUGUCAAAAUAUUGAAACAUAAAGAAACUGGAAAAAUAAGGGUUGUGAUGAGAAGAGAACAAGUUCUUAAAAUAUGUCUUAAUCACGCUUUGGUUCCUGACAAUAUGUAUAAACCCAAAGAUGAAAGAACAUGGUUCUUUGUUGCAAAUGAUUUUAGUGAAGGAGAAGUAUUGCUUCAACAGUUUUGUAUCAGAUUUGCUAAUAAAGAAAUUGCUAUGCAAUUUAAAGAUGCGAUAGAUAAAGCGCUACAAGAAAAGUUUGGUAUUGUGAGUAAUCAAACAAACGAUAGUCAGGAAUCAGACUCAGAAGAUGUUAUAUUUAUUACGGAAAUUCAAGCUACAAGUGAAGAAAAGGAAAAAGCAAAAGAACUUAUGCUUCCUGAAAACUUCUAUACAUAUAAAAAUAAAGAACCAUGUCAUGGCUGCCGGGGAUGCAAUGAUGAUGAUGUAAAACCUGAAUCUGAACAGAAUGAUACUGGAACUCAAGCUUUAAAACCAUUACCCAAACCAGAUUCAAUGACAACACCACUCAAAACCUCAAUCUUUAACUUUCAAAGUCCUAAUAAUUCUCUGUAUGGUACUCCUAGUAAUCUCAACAAUACAGUAGAUACUACCAUAUUCCGUACACCAUUGAGUACAAAUGGAUCAAACACGAACGGUUCAUCAAACACUUCAACAAAUUCAAGUAUUGUUGGAAAUGAUUCAACAGAUAAAGAAAAUACGUUAACUCAAAGCUCACCAAAUCCCAUUAAACCAGUACCUUUUGGUAGUGGUGGUAGUGGUGGUCAAUUAUCUAGUUUGUCUUCUAUUUUAGCAGCACCUAAGUUAAAUACCGUAAAUUCACCAGUAAACAGUAAUGGGUCAUCUGCGCCUAAAUCAGUAUUUGGAUCAACUGAGCCAAAAUCAGUCUUUGGCGAAAACAAAUCUGUUUUUGGUGAAUCAAAACCUCUGUUUAGUCAAUCUUCUGGUAAACCUAUACUAGGAUUUAAUGUUCAACCCAAUGAAACAGAUACACACUCAACUGAAGUCAAAUCAAUAUUUUCCCCAGAUGUCAAACCGUCUGUUAAUUUGUUUAGUGGUACUUCCGGGGGCAAUAUUUUUGGCCCUGCAGCCUUAAAGAUAUCACAAUCUACAGGAAUAUUUGGGCCUUCUGGAACAUUUAAAUUUGGAACGACACCAGCAAAUCAAGAUACUUCAAAAUCCAUAUUUGGACAAGCUAGCGAUAAAAAUGCAGAUUUAAAUAUUAAAUCUGAUAUAACUUCUAAUAAGACAGAUUCGGAUUCUAGUGAAAAGUUUGUGUUUGGAAAAUUAGCACAGCCUCAGGAAAGUGUCAAAACAUGGCUUGGAACAGUAAGCAGUGAUAUGCCUACGACUUUCGAGACCAAAAAUAAUGCAGAUAUUAGAAUCAAUGAAGAAAAGAAAACAUUACCAGCAGCAAGUGCCGAACUUGAAAAAAAACCUCUGUUUGGGUCAGAUAAUGCACUUACUUUUGAAGCUUUGUCUUCAACUGUUCCUGGAUUUGGUACUCAAAAAAAAAAUGAUUUCCAAUGGGAAGGUGCAGGCCAACAACUGUUCACAACUUCAUCUAAUAGAGAAAGUGCAGAUAAAUCUAAAGACGGGGCAGAUGAUUCUGGUGCAGGAGUUACUGUGGAAGACGAAUAUGAUCCUCAUUACGAACCGAUUGUGCCCCUUCCUGAUAAAAUAAUUGUUACAACCGGGGAAGAGGAUGAGGAAAAACUAUUUGGUGAACGCUGCAAGUUGUAUCGCUUCGACGAAAAAACUCGUGAAUGGAAAGAACGAGGAGUUGGUGAAAUGAAAAUUUUGUACCAUCCCGAACGUAACAGUUAUAGAUUACUUCUUCGAAGAGAACAGGUGCAUAAAGCGGUGUUGAAUAUGCUCCUAUUUAUGGACUUAGAACUAUUACCAAUGAAAAAUUCGGACCGCGCAUGGACUUGGGCGGGGCGCAACUACGCGGAGAUCGCCGGGGAACAAGAAACUUUGGCUGUCCGCUUCAAGUCGGUCGAUUUGGCCACCGCCUUCCGCAAUAAAGUCAUGGAGUGUGUCAGGAAACUACAAGUGGCUGCAGCAGAGGCUAUUAGGAAAGAAAAAGAGGCUAAAGAGACACAGUUCGAGAGCAUUGCACCAUUGCGGCUACCCAAACAUUUAGGGGAAUCUGCUCGCGCCGAGGCAUCGUUCCAGCCUUCGACGGCGAAAGAGCCUUCAUCAGUUGUAGAAGAACCAGAAAAUAAUCAAAAUGGCUUACAAAAGUCCCAAAACAGUGAUGAAUCUAAACAGGUCCACUUCGAAGAGCCGGAAGAAGACCAUGGCGACUAUGAGGAAGUAGAUUACGAACAUGAUUAUGACCACAACGAAGAUUCCGACGGAUAUUACAAUGAGGAGGAUGAGGAGUCGUCAGUGUAUUACCCUUGUAAGGCUAUCAUAAAGCAGGGCGACACCGAAACCGUCUGUGAUAUGACGCACGUACACGUCUCCUUCGACCAAGAGAUCGACUCGCCCAAGAUUCUCGUCACUGACUCCAACACCGGCGAGAUUCUCGCCGAUAUGCUUAUACACACAGAUACUGAGUUCCAGCUUUCUGAUGACACAUGCUCCUGGUCGGGAAUGGAUUAUACAACAAACGUUACAGUAGAAAAGACUUUGACGAUAACAUUUCCUGAUAGCCACACCGCUAUGGAGUUCUAUGACAGUUGCGAGACCAGCAAGGCCGCGACGUUUGCGUCGACGGACCCAGAAUCG